AUGCUGCGAAAGCAAGCGCUGAACAAUGUGACCUUUGUAGUUCCGAAGAAUCGAAAGCCGAAAUUCGAUCUAACUCUUCGCAUAAUCGAUCUGACCAAUAUCCCUCUAAUCUACGGGACUGCCAGCGUACGAUGGCAUCUUCCGUCGUCAACCGCCGCGGAACAUCGCGGACGCACCGACAAGGCCCCCAUCCUCGAACACAGAGCGACAUGGGAUUACAGUAAGGAAUUAUCGGUGCGCCUGACCAUUGAUAAGACGGGCAUGCUGCAAGAAUGCGGCCUACACUUUGAGAUUUUACAAGAGUUCCACGAGGGCGGAAGAGGCGGACGAGUACACCUCGGAAAUGUCAAACUCAACUUGGCCGAAUAUGCACGUCUCCCGGAAGAAGCUAUCACCGAUCGUGACCCUCAAGAGGAUAACGAGGACGACGGCAUCACACGCAGAUACCUCCUGCAAGACAGCAAAGUGAAUAGCACUCUGAAAAUCGGCAUCAAGAUGAAGCAGACGGAGGGGGACACGAAUUUUAUUGCUCCUCCGUUGAAGUCUGCCAUGGUCAUCGGUGGGAUUGCUGGAGUUUUGACUGCCGAGGCCGGUGAAGGCGACGAUAUACCCAGCAUUACGAGCAAGACCAGAGAGUUGUCGGAAGCACAGGAUAUCUAUAGACGCACACUCGCCGCCACGUGGGCGUGCCAGUCCGGCGAACUACCGCCCGACAAACUCAUCGAGGAUCUGUUUGCUGGCGGUGAUGGAGGUCGAUUCUCUUCCACGGUGAACAAUCCAGUGACCCGCCAGAGAUUAGGCCUUCGGGACGAUAGCAACAGCUCCUCGAGUGACGAGCCCAAGAGGCCUGAGACACCGCGAGACCAGCUCCUCACCCCGCAUGCAGCCACCCAAGGAGGCCAUAAGCGCACAGGCAGUCGAGAGUCGCCGAACGCCACUCCGACCAUCCACAACAGCACAGUCAGUGGACGAUCCAGCAUAGACCAGCAGAUGCAGGCAAGUCAGCAGGAGCAUCAACGGAGACAACGGCAUGACUCGGACGAGCACAGUGAGUUUGAAUUGAGAGAGGAUUUGAGAAGCUGGCAGGUACGCGUCAGGUGA